UUUUUUUUUCUUUCUUUCUUCGGUGAACAGCGACACCACUACCACCGAUACUUCUUCUUCUUCCUCUUCACCAUCAGCGACAACAUAAUACCGGUUAACCCCACCACCUUCUUCUUCUUCACCACCAUCAGUGAACUUUGCCAGAUUCACUCAUCACUUCUUCUUCUUCUUCUUCUUCUUCAGUUACCAACAAAAAGCAACAAAAGUUAGGGUUCAUCUUCACUUCUUCUUCAGUUCUUCUUCUUCUUCUUCUUCGGUUAUUUGAAAACUAAUUGCAUGUUUGAUUUUGGGUUUUCUUGAUCUGGUCAUGGAUUGAGUCAUUGAUUCUGUUGAAAUCAAUCGACACGGUUUUUGAUUCUGGUGACUGAAAUCAAUUGUGAGGAAACGUUUGAUGGAUUUUUGGGUUUGAUUCAGAAGGAAAGAUGGGGUGUUGGUAAAGAUGCAGAUGCAGUUCUUGAAGAUUGUUUCUUGAUUUGGCAGUUUUCAAUAUCUAAAGAUCAUCAUGGCCCCCUGAUGCAGCAAAAGGUCGGAGAGUUUCAAAGUCGGAGAUGUCUUCGUCCCAUUUGUUUUAUGAGACUGUGCAAGGUUUUCACGAGUUUGAGAUAAACGGAUAUUCUCUGAUGAAGGGAAUAGGAGUUGGGGAGUACAAGUCUAGUGGCAUAUUCACAGUUGGUGGUUAUGAUUGGAAGAUACGUUUUUUUCCAGACGGUGAUGAUCAAGCUAGCGAGGACUACGUAUCCGUGUUCAUUGAGCUAGCUAGCCCUGGAGAAGUUGGCGCAUCGGUUGAAUUCAAACUACUGGACCAAUGCCAAGAAGGUCAAUCUUUUUGCAGAACUACAUCUCCACACAUGUUUAACACAGGAUGCUCAACAUGGGGAUUUAAGAAGUGUAUGGAAAGGUCGGAGUUGGAGACCUCAAAUUAUGUCAAGGAUGAUCGCCUUUGCAUACUUGGUACAGUUAGCAUGGUGCAAACUCGUUUUGAAGAGGGGAAACGUCAUGUUAUUCCCGUACCUCCAUCAGAUAUGAUUCAAAAUAUCAAGGGUUUGCUGGAAUCUGAGGUUGGUUCUGAUAUUACUUUUCACAUCGGCAGUGAAGAAUUCAGAGCUCAUAAGUCAAUUCUUGCGGCUCGAUCUCCUGUAUUUAAAGCUAUGUUUUAUGGACAAAUGGGUAAUCCAGACAUGGAAACAACAGUUAUUGAGGAGUUUGAUCCCUUUGCAUUUAAGGCCAUGUUGUUAUUUUUGUACUCAGAUGAACUUCCUGAAGCACACAAACUUUCUGAUUCAGAUUCUGUUUGCACUUUUACACUCAUGCAACAUCUGUUAGCUGCCGCUGAUCGCUUUGAUCUUGCUCGAUUGAAACUCAUGUGCGAGGAAAAAUUAUGUGAAGAUAUGAUUGCUGAUACAGUGGCAGACACACUGUUUCUAGCAGAACGAUACCAAUGCCAGGAACUGAAAAAUGUCUGUCUAAACUUUGCAGCUAAACCGGACAAUUUAGGAGAGGUUAUGAAGUCUGAUGGGUAUUCACGUGUGGAGAAGUGCUCUCCCUCACUAUUGACAGAUUUGUUGAAGAAGUGCAUGCGGUUGUAGAUAAAUCAUGCGGUUGUGAAUCUAAGCUGGUCUGGUUUGAUAUCUGAUAAAUAUGACUGGGGCGAAAAAUGCACUUCAUUCUUGGCAAAAUCAUUAUUGAUGUGUUCGGAACAUUUUACGCCGUAAAUACAUAGUGUUUGAUGCAUUAUAGAUUGGAAGUUUUUCUCUGCAUGCCUUUGAUUUUCGACUUGAUUUUCGACCAUCAUAGUGUUUGAUGCAUUAUAGAUUGGAAGUUUUUCUCUACAUGCCUUUGAUUUUCGACCAUCUCGUUAUGUAAGUUUGAUUUUCAA